GUACCUCGAUAACUUCCUUACGCGGACCGGUCCAUUUACAGAUGAAGAUGCUUUUGUACCCGGAGACGCAGCCAUCUCUGGCUUGGAGCGGAACAAGAUAUUGUAAGAGCGGAGCAGGUGGUCUGGGUUGCGAGAUUCUCAAGAAUCUCGCGCUUUCCGGCUUCAAGGAUAUCCACGUGAUUGACAUGGACACGAUCGACGUCUCCAACCUCAAUCGGCAGUUUCUCUUCCGUGCUUCAGAUGUCGGCAGUUACAAAGCCGAAGUCGCCGCCAGGUUCGUCGAGAAGCGCGUAAAGGGUGUCAAGAUCACUCCCUACUGCGGCAAGAUUCAAGACAAAGAUGAAGAGUACUACAUGCAAUUCGGCAUGGUCGUAUGUGGUCUAGACAGCGUUGAGGCGCGGCGAUGGAUCAACGCGACACUCGUCGGCAUGGUAGAUGGUGACAACCCGGACUCGCUCAAGCCUUUAGUUGACGGUGGUACCGAGGGCUUCAAGGGUCAGGCCCGUGUUAUUUUCCCCACUAUAACAUCAUGCAUCGAGUGCCAACUUGACAUGCACGCUCCGCGUGCUGCCGUACCUCUGUGUACCCUAGCUACUAUUCCCCGUCAGCCACAGCAUUGUAUCGAAUGGGCGCACAUCAUAGCCUGGGAAGAGCAUCGCAAGGACGACACACUCGAUACUGAUGACCCAGAGCACAUUACGUGGCUGUACCAGAAGGCGCUUACCCGCGCGAAGGAGUUCAACAUCGAAGGCGUCACAUACAGCAUGACGCAAGGCGUCGUGAAGAACAUCAUUCCGGCUAUUGCAAGCACGAACGCCAUCGUCGCGGCGAGCUGCUGCAACGAAGCUUUCAAGAUCGCCACAAACACCAAUCCAUUCAUCGGCUAUCCUGGAAGCGACAACUACAUGAUGUACACGGGCGACGACUCUGUGUACACGUAUACCUUUGAGCACCAAAAGAAAGACGACUGUCCCGUCUGCGGUGCUGGCAAUAUUGCUCGACCGCUGCAGAUUAACCCCAACACCACACUACAGGAGUUCAUCGAUGGUUUGGCUGAGCGACCAGAAGCUCAACUCAAGAACCCAGCGAUUCGCACAGGUGAAAAGUCUCUGUGGAUGCAGCUUGCCAGCUUGCAACAGCAGCUGCGUCCGAACCUUGACAAGAAGAUGUCGGAGCUUGUGGAGGAGGGCGAGGAGCUCACGAUUACGGACAAGAGCUUCCCGACGCAGUUCAAGUACAAGGCUGUGUUCUCGAAUUAGGAUGCGGACUCCUGAUAGUAAGACCAUGUGUCUCAAGUUGCAGAUCAAGUCGGACGCAUCUUCUUAGCUUUGUGAAACUGCUACAAUAGCUUAUAAUACUUGAGAAAACGCGAAAAUUCGCAGUCA